AUUGUCACCGUAUUAAAGUGGCGUGCACACUCCUCUGGAGCUGGAGUUGGGAGCUGAGUGGAGAAGAAGCCACGACUCUCGCUAGUGAACCACAGUUGCUGCUAUGUCUGGGAAGCCAGUGCUUCACUACUUCAAUGCCCGGGGCAGAAUGGAGUGCAUCCGGUGGCUCCUGGCUGCAGCAGGAGUGGAGUUUGAAGAGAAGCUUAUACAGAGUCCAGAGGACUUGGAAAAGCUAAAGAAAGACGGGAAUUUGAUGUUUGACCAAGUGCCCAUGGUGGAGAUUGACGGGAUGAAGCUGGCACAGACCAGAGCCAUUCUCAACUACAUCGCCACCAAAUAUGACCUCUAUGGGAAGGACAUGAAGGAGAGAGCCCUGAUUGACAUGUAUUCAGAGGGUAUUUUAGAUCUGACUGAAAUGAUUAUCCAAUUGGUAAUAUGUCCCCCAGACCAAAAAGAAGCCAAGACCGCCUUGGCAAAAGACAGGACCAAAAACCGGUACUUGCCUGCCUUUGAAAAGGUGUUGAAGAGCCAUGGCCAAGACUACCUUGUAGGCAACAGGCUGACCCGGGUGGACGUCCACCUGCUGGAACUUCUCCUCUAUGUUGAAGAGUUUGAUGCCAGCCUUCUGACCUCUUUCCCUCUGCUGAAGGCCUUCAAGAGCAGAAUCAGCAGCCUCCCCAAUGUGAAGAAGUUCCUGCAGCCUGGCAGUCAGAGAAAGCCAGCCAUGGAUGCAAAACAAAUCGAAGAAGCAAGGAAGGUUUUCAAGUUUUAGCGGAGCUGCACUGUCCAAUUUCUUGUAUUCCAGGCUCUGAUGUUUGCAAAAAAUGAGAAGCAAUUGUUGAUCCUGGCUAUUUUACAAUAAUAAAAAAAUGAACAAAUGG